AAACCAGAAACUGAGAGACAGAAAUGAAGAGGUAGAGAGAAUCCGUGUCAUGUCAGAAAACCAAGGAACCCUUUGGGGAAAGAAAAAAAAGCAGAAUCAUUCAAAUUCCAACAAUACUAAAACAACAUUUAAACAUUGGGAAGUCGCGUUAUGUUUGUUUGCUUUUGCUUUCUCUUUGGUUCAUCCUUUAACUAAAAACCAAAUACAAGUAUCCCAAAAUAGUGAAAAAGAAAAUUCCCAUAUGUUUUUUGUUUGUUUGUUUGUAGUGAAAUAAAUUAAAAAAAAAAGGUUCUUCGUUUCCUUCUUGGAGGUGUUUUUGAAUGGGAAUGGAUUCUAGGAUCGAAAUCAAGGUGACGAAUCCAAAGAAAGUAGACAAUGUGGUGCAUCCGGUGGGACAAGGGCAUGCCACAUCAGCAUCAUCACCACCACAGCCAUCCGCAUCGUCUCCGCCGACUGAUGGGCGGGGGAGGCAGCAGCAGCAGGUGCUGGAGGAGGGUCUGAGGCACAGCCGCGGGCGAGGACGGCAAGGUCGAGGGUUGAUUGAUUAUAUGCCGUUCAAAAAUUGGGUGCCUUGGCUGAUCCCAGGCUUUGUAAUAGCUAACGUAGUCGUUUUCCUAAUCUCCAUGUUUAUUAACAACUGCCCCAAGAACUCGUCUUCUUGUGUGGGUCGGUUCUUGGGAAGGUUCUCUUUUCAGCCAAUGAAAGAGAACCCUCUCCUUGGCCCUUCAGCUGAUACAUUAGAGAAAAUGGGUGCCCUGGAUGUAAUCAAAGUUGUCCAUAAACAUCAGGCAUGGCGUUUGAUUUCUUGUAUAUGGUUGCAUGCCGGUGUUUUCCACAUACUUGCCAAUAUGUUGAGUCUCCUAUUCAUUGGAAUUCGGCUCGAGCAAGAAUUUGGAUUUGUGAGAAUCGGGUUACUUUAUCUGUUUGCUGGUUUUGGUGGGAGUCUGAUGUCAGCUCUUUUUAUUCAAGCUGGCAUAUCUGUUGGUGCCUCUGGUGCACUUUUUGGUUUACUAGGUAGCAUGCUUUCAGAACUCAUCACAAACUGGACAAUCUAUGCAAAUAAGUUGGCAGCGCUGUUGACUCUCAUUUUUAUUGUUGUAAUUAAUCUAGCUGUGGGACUCCUCCCACACGUGGAUAACUUUGCUCAUAUCGGGGGAUUUAUUUCCGGGUUUCUCCUUGGAUUUGUGUUUCUAAUCCGUCCCCAGUUUGGAUACGUUAGCAAGAAACAUAUUCCUACAGGAUACAUUGUAACUUCUAAUAAACCUAAACACAAGCCAUACCAGUACAUCCUCUGGCUUGUCUCUAUGAUACUAUUGGUUCUCGGAUUCACUUUCGGCCUUAUCCUGCUCUUUCGAGGGGUUAAUUUGAAUGAUCAAUGUUCUUGGUGUCAUUAUAUGAGUUGUGUCCCGACCAAGUUAUGGAGCUGCAAAUCACAACAAGCGUAUUGUGAGUCAAUUGAAUACCAGAAUCAACUGAACUUAACAUGCAUAAGCAAUGGUAAAAGCAGCAUCUACAAUUUAUCAGGUGAAAGCACUUCGCAGGUUCAACAGCUAUGUACUAAACUCUGUAGUAGAUGAUGGAUGCACAAUCAUGUAUAGGAUAAGAUUUCUUUGUAGAAAAAUAUUUAAAGUUUCGAUAGUUUUUGUUGAAUACAUUACAGGCUCAUUUUUAAUGCUCCAUUUUAGACGAAAUAUUCUUCCAAUGACCAAGUGCUAUAUAUUUUCUUUUAGUA